AUGAUGUCUACCCUGAAGAAUGGAAAAAUUGUUCGCGGGCUUGCUGGUGUUCCUGAUAAAGGUCCUGUCUUGUUUGUGGGCUAUCAUGCGCUCAUGGGUAUUGAGUUGAGUCCUCUGUAUGAAGAGUUCCUGAGGGAGAAGAAGACAAUUGUUCGUGGUAUGGCUCAUCCAUUUUUGUUUGGAAAAAAAUUUGAGUCAUCGCGCCAGGAGAUAUCUCGGAUCGAUACUGUUUCUAUGUAUGGUGGAUUACCGGUCACCCCUAUCAAUAUGUACAGGUUAUUCGAGAGGAAUGAAUUUGUUCUGCUUUAUCCUGGCAGUGUUCGGGAAGCUCUGCAUAGGAAGGGUGAAAAAUACAAGCUGUUUUGGCCAGACCAACCAGAAUUUGUAAGAAUGGCUGCGCGCUUUGGUGUUACUAUCAUACCCUUUGGGUGUGUAGGAGAAGACGACGUUCUAGAGUUGGUUCUGGAUUACAACGAUCAGAAGAACAUUCCCGGACUUCGGGAGUGGAUAGAGUCAAUCAACAAAGAAGCAGAGAGAGUGAGGGACAGUGUAAAAGGGGAGGAUGGAAAUCAAGACAUGUACUUGCCAGCUCUUCUCCCAAAAGUACCUGGUAGAUUGUACUACCUAUUCGGGCAACCGAUUGAAAUGAAAGGGAUGAACAACCUUUUCAGAGAUAGAAAGAGGGCAAACGAGGUGUAUUUACGUAUCAAAUCAGAAGUGGAGGAGAUAAUGUCAUAUCUCAAGAGGAAGAGGGAUGAAGACCCUUACAGGAGUAUAGGGCAGCGUGCGCUGUACCAGGCAACAUGGGGCGCCUCUGCUCAAGUCCCAACUUUUGAGCCAUGA